AUGGAUUACAUCAAGGAUCAUAAAUAGCACCAAUGCUAUUCGGUUUGUGCUUCGAUGACUUACUAAAUGAAUGGAGAACCAGAGUUUUCUGGGAAGCCGCUGGAAUGA